AUGCCCUCGGCCCAAGUGCUGGCACGUUACAAGUAUAGCUCAAUCCCUGAAUGGUUCCUCGCGCCCGUGUUCAAUGCGGCCGACCCGUGUGUCGUCAAGUCUGACAGCAGCGGAAAAGCAAUGCCAAUCGCCGGCAUGGCAACAUCCGACUGA